CAUUGGUCGUCUUAGGGCGAAAGAUGAGCAUAACCGACGCGAAGUCAAAUUUUUAAUUUCCCGCGCUGCAGAAACCACUAUAUUGCAUUCGUGUACCUGGCAGGUGAAUGGUCUAUUAUCCAAUACCCCAAAGCGGCUUGCCCCGGAGAGUUGCUGGUCGCGGAAAAUGUCAUUCAGUGUUUCUGAAGUACGGCGACAUGCAUCUCGCAAAAGCUGUUGGAUUAUCAUCGACAACACUGUCUACGAUGUGACUGAUUUUGUAGACUUACAUCCUGGUGGUGCUCGCAUCCUUCUCAAUUACGGAGGACGAGAUGCGACGCAUGCAUUCGCCCCAGUGCAUGCUCCGGACACUCUUACCAAGCACUUAACUCCACAACAAAGGCUCGGUACAGUCCUCGUAGCGGAGCAUAAACCCAAUCACGUCGUUGCGACUGGGAAACCAGCACGCAAAGGUCCGAAGUUGUCGUCUAUCUUGAGCGUGUCGGAUUUUGAGCGCGCUGCUUCAGACAAACUCCCUGCGAGGUCAUUUGCGUUCUUCAAAAGUGGUGCUGAGGAUGAGGACUCGUCAGCUCGAAACCUGCAGAGCUGGAAAACCGUGCAAUUCAGGCCACGAGUUCUUCGACCAAUACCACAAAUUGACACGAGGCGCACCAUCCUUGGACACGAGUUUUCUGCGCCGUUCUUCAUCUGCCCCGCAGGCGGUGGGAAGCUGGCCAAUCCUGCUGGAGAGGUGUUGCUAACACAAGCUGCCGGAAGGCAUCGCGUCCUCCAUUGGGUCUGCAACAAUGCCGGCUGCACAAUAGAUGAAAUGGCUUCUGCUCGGGCGGACAACCAGACGCUAUUCUGGCAGAUUUACGCCAAGUCGGAUCUGGAAGAGUCUGCCAAGGAAGUCAGAAAAGCCAUCGAACUUGGGUACAAAGGAUUUGCCUUGACUGUAGAUGCGAUCUGGCCUGGUAUCAGAGAGCGCGAUCUACGUGCUAGCAUCCUCGAGGAAACAGGCCCGGAGCCGGAGGAAGAUUGUGUGGAAGACGACAGCGAAGACAGCGAAGACAGCGAGGAUGAGCAAAGCUUCACCCGUGGCCCAACAGUCAAACGACCGCCCGUUUGCGUGGAGUUCGACUGGAUCAAAGCUGUGGGAUGGCUCCGAACCAUCACAGACGCGCCGCUGGCUAUUAAAGGCAUACAAUGCUGGCAAGACGCGGUUCGAUGCAUGGAUUUUGACAAUGCGCAUCCAUGGCUCUCCAACCACGGAGGUCGUCAACUGGAUGGCGCACCUACCGCCCUCGACACGCUCGUGGACAUUCAUCGCAAUUGUCCUCGUGUCCUGGAGGACCGCGAGGUGAUCGUAGAUGGGGGUGUUACUCGCGGUGCGGAUAUUGUCAAGGCCAUUGCGCUCGGUGCCCAGGCAGUUGGUCUUGGGCGGCCUUUUCUCUUUUCGCUCGUCUACGGCACUGCAGGCGUGAGCAAGGCCAUUCGGAUACUCCAACAUGAAGUCGAGACCACCAUGGCACUUCUUGGCGUCACCUCGCUUGAACAGCUUGAUCCUUCAUAUAUCGGUUCGGACCACUUGAUAUCUCCAUCGCUCACGAGCCCCGAAGACGUCUCAGCUGGAGUUCUGUCAAGAGUGCAGCUCCCACGGGCCACCACAGAUACGGCUGAUGAGAGAGUCUAUGUCGGGGAGGCAUCUGCCUCCUUCCUGUAUUUUCUACGGACUGCCCUCAAGCCAUUUGUGGGCCAGACCCGAUUUACCGAUGGCGAAGGUUAUGGCAUCUCCCCAACCAACGAGGUAGAACUUGUGAUUGAAGGAUCAUUCCAUCUUUCCACUGAGCAGGUCCAUAUCCUUCUGGAAUCUUAUUAUGAAGCGACGAGUGGGCUUCUGGAUCUGUUUGCCGCAGAUGAGAUCGACGUUCUUAUCGAGCAGCGAGUCAGACCCCAAAGUCUUGGAUCUUCGUCGCCACCAGUGACAACGCCAUCAGUGAAUCGCCUGGAUAUUGCUGCGCUCGAUAUAGCCCUGGCCAUCGGCGCUCAGUAUUCUGCUGCCGCUAAGGCAGAUACCCGUAUCGAAAACAACCUUUUCUUUUCGGCCCGCCGUACUGCGUUUGAGGGCAUGUUGAAAAGGACCUCCCUGGGCACGGUGAGGCUGUUCUUGCUCAUGGCCUUCUACAUGCUGGGGGCGUGCCAACGAAGCACAGCGGCCAUGGACCUCGCCAUUGCGACGAAAGCAGCAGUUAUGCUGGGUCUGCAUCACGCCUCCUCACGUCAGCAGGCGGUUGACGACAGAAGGUUGCGUAUCUGGGAAAGCCUGCGAAUAUUCGAUGUGCUUGCGAGCUUCAUUCUUGGCCAAUCCCAAAGUUUGCCUACCACGCACCGAGAACAUUUUGACGUCGAAAAGCUGAAUGGAAGUCAAUUGUGGUUUGGAAAAGCUGCAAUUUCAGCCAUGUCACAAGGGUGCACGCUGAUUGAAAACGUCGUCCACACCCUCAAGAACGGGGGCAUUCUUCACGUCCCCACGGCAGAAAAGCUACUAGGUCAGCUCCGGCAAUGGACAAGGAGUCUGCCUGAGGCUUUGCGGAAGUUCAGCUUUGAAGACGAACCGAACCUGGAACCCGCCAAUCGUCAACUUCUCAUCGGCAACAUCCACAUCGCCUGUCUCUACUACUUCGCCGUUUUACUGGUGACGCGUCCCUAUCUGGUCGCGUAUCUCAUGUCUCGACUGCGUGGAAAGGCCCCAGACCACCUCAUUGACGAUCCCGAUGCAGCGUCGGAUCUGCGCAUCAAGAACAACAAGGUAUCCAAGUUGGCUCAGGUAUGCGUCAGCUCUGCGUGUUACAUGUGCGAGACACUGCAAAAGCUUAAGCUCUCCAACUUCAGGUUUGGAAAUUUAUGCCUGAUACAGGCCUGGCUGUUUGGUUCUGGUCUUGUGCUAGGUUUCUCCAUGUUUGCUGGAGAGCCCAGACAGGACAUACAGGACGCCUUCGCUGCGUGCCGAGAAGUUCUCGGGGCAAUGAGUGAGACAUGUCUGCAGGCCAGGACAUAUCUGGACAUACUCGCCAGCUUCCACGAAGCGGUACGCAAGUACCACCAGCGCGUGGCUAUGCAAGUCCGCGAUACCGUGCAUAAUUAUAUGGACCAAGUUUUGAUGGUUGAAGUCCCUCAGGCUCUCAAUCGUACCGGGCCGAGUCCCUUGGAUUGGGAGGCAAUAAUGGCUGCUACGAAUGACCUGCCCGCGGACCGUACCGAUAACACUGCUAUUGCGGACUUCCAGAUUCAGUGGACAGACCUUGAUUUGCAAAUCGUGGAUGACUACCUGAACCUAGACUUGGGUCCAUUUCAAGCACUAUUUUGUAGCGGCGAAUGACGGAUAGUAUAGUAUGUAGCCUUUAUUGCUUGGCAGGCAUUAUAACGAGC